AUGUUUACACAAAAUCAGUGGCAAAUUUCUAGUGAAAGAUUUACUGCACUUCUUGAUACUCUAGAUUUUGUAAAAGACCCUCGAUGGGCAAUUGAAGAGAUUCUUGUAAAUGCGGCAGCUGAUGCAUUCCCAAGUUUUGGACCCCAAGACAUGUACACUGCAAUAAGAUCCCAUGUCUCAAAUCAUACCAAUUUAUCAGCUCUGUAUAAGUUUCAAGCAGUGCUUCUUCCAGUUUCUUUAAAUGAUCUCCAACUUACUCUGUUUUCUGUUUUUCACAUUUCAACAGCCUCAGUAGCAUUUGGGUGGGCACAAGCUACUGCUACACUAGAAGAAAUGAUACAACAUGCUAAAAACUCACCAUCAACCACAAAUUUAAAUGUUGCCGAGAUUAUUUCCACAGCAGAUUGUUAUCGUGCCAUGCGCCCACUUUCGCUUAAAAUGUGCGAUUGUUUGUAUCUUAUGCUUAAUUUUUAUACACAACAACGAGACCCUGACAUUGACUUAUCGGAUGAAUUUGUGCAUAAACUUGUGGAAAAACUACCAACUUUACGAACCCUUUUCGAAUUAUGGGCGCUCACAUUAAUUUUUGGUUCUGACCAAAAGCUGAGUGCACAAAACAUUAAAAUGGGAAACUUUGUUACUGCGCCAGCCUUAUAUCGUCCAGUAUUUGACAAACUGGCAACAAGACCAAUUAAUAAUAUUUCUAAUUUAUAUGACAAGCAACAAGAAUUAGUGAUAACAAACUCUAUAACCAUGGAACUUGAAGAUUCCCACCAGGCACAAUUACAAGCACUGUCGCCACCACAACAAUGCAGACUUCCAUCAGUACCUUUUAUAUUCACUACUCCAUCACCACCUCCUCAUGAUGAAAUAACAACGGUGGUUGAACGUACCAUUGAAGAUACUACUGUAUACAUUGAUAAACCUUCGGUUGAAAGUCCUGUUUAUUCUAUACCUCAAGUUACUGACAGAAUAAGUACCAAAAAUAAUGUUGAUCUACAUUGUCAAAUUACUGAAUCUCCCAUUGACCAUAUUAUCAUUGAUUUGACUAGUGAUGCCGAAAGCCAAAACAAAACUCAAGGCGAUUGCAUGACUGCUCUUUCUGGUUCCCUAGACAUUGAAAAAUCAAACAAUACCAAUACCCAACAACAAUCAUAUUCUGUUAAAAAAGAACUUGUCCCAUCAACCAAACUUAAUUCACCAAAGCCAAUUUCUGAAAGUCCAAGUUUUCCAAGUCCAACUACAACCUCUUCUAAUAAUACCAACGUGGAGUAUAUCAAUGUUCCUAUAUCUAACUUUUUUGAUGACAAAGUUUUAAAAACAACCAUUAGUAAAGUACAAAAAUCUUCUAAAAAAUUUCGAAUGGUGAGCGGCAAUGAUACCAUUAAAAUCAAUAAGUAUGGACUUAUUUUAAUUCCCCAAAAAGAUUAUGCUUUAAAAAGAUUUCUUUUAAAACAAUUUGAAGAAAUGAAGCAUCUUCACACACAAAGAGAAGAGCUUACAAAAGAAAUAUUAAAAUGGUUUCAUUGGCCUGAGUUAAAUGAAGACUUAGAUUGGUAUAUACCCUAUUGUGAAAAUUGUCAAAUUAAAGAAAAAUAUCUUCCUACUUUGUUUUGCAAUAAACAAGUAGAACAUUUAAUUUUUUACCCAUUUGCGCAACCUCACAUAUUUAAAAUCACGUUAAAUUCUUUUGAAACUGAAAUUUGCUUGACUAUUAUGUGCCGUUUUACUCAAUACAUUAUUGGCAUACCAGUUCUAUUAAACACAAAUAAUGAAAAUAUUAUUGAAAGAAUUUUGGAAGCAAUUAAGAAAAUUGGAAAACAAUUACGUCCAAUACAUCUUUCUUGGGAUGAUGGCCUACUUUGUUUGGAGACAAAAGAUUCAGAAACUUGGCUUAAGAAAAAAGGAAUUAAGCGUGUACCAAAAGAAUCAUUUCACCCUUUAAUUUCCUUUCAUCUUGCAGAACGAUGCAACGAAUUCCUUAAACUCAUUCGCAGCCAUGAAAACAACAUUUUCCCUUUAUCAUUCAGUUUCAAACUCCUUGAACAGUUGGUUGUUAAGCAAAAUGCUAUAAAUAUUAAAAAAUCCACAUUAACUCCAAAAGUUGUACUAAACGAGUAUACUUGUGAUUUAACUAAAAAAAAUAAAAAAGCUGGCUUGGAGUUGGCUAAAGAAUUGACGAAUUGUUUUAACAGACAUACUCAUUCUGAGUAUACAAAAGGCUUACAGAAUGAGUUCAAAGUCUCUUCUUUCUUUCCAGAAAACUCUUUGGUAUUUGUUGCACUACCUGUCAAUCAACAUUUUGAUAGCGAUUUAGAUAAGGCCAAAUAUCAGGCAGAUUUAUCACUUGUUAAUAACAUGAAACUGGAAUUGAUUGGCCCAUUCAGCAUUGUUCGAGCUAAUCAAAAUCAAUACGGAUGCAGUUAUAGCUUAAUGAUGCCACCGGCUUGGAACGUAAAUGGCAAAAUUAAUGAUACAUUUGAAAAUCAAUAUGUGAUUUUGCCUUUGAUGAUUAACGUCCCUAAAGACAAGGUCUUUCAACUGCUUAAAGAAGGUCCUCAUAUUAAUAUUAAUAACAGUUUUUUGAAGAUUAAACCCCCAGUUUACAAGUCGAAAAAUGGAAAAUAUUUAGUGACUCAGCUUGAAAACAGUCAAGUUAUUGUGAUUGGAAUAAGAUCACCAUCGAUGUUAGAAAAUGAAAAUAACCGCAGGAGAGAAAAAAACAAAAACGAAAAUAUGAUUUAUGAUAGUGUUGGAGUUUGCAAUAAUUUCAGUAACACUGAAUUUCAAAAAACUCAUCAAGUGUCAUAUGAUAUAUCAUCGUCUAGUACUAAUAGUCAAAGGAGAGCCUUAAAUAACAUCAGGGGGUGUACCUGCAAAAAUAUUAGCGGCGGUCUCUCAGAUCCUCUCUGCUCUAUCCAUAUAACCCCCAUACCCUUCCAUUCCAAGCGCAAGUACGACAAUUCUGGUGAUGAUGUAGUUAAGAGAUUUGUUCGAUCUAAUAAAUAA